CUUCAUCGCCGCCGUCACUACCACUACGUCCGCUCCGGAAAUCCGCGUCGCUCGCGAUCUUCCGUGAUCGGUUGGGCAUACGUCACGUCGGCGGCGAACCACCACUUCGUCGCCGUUGUCAUUGACAUCAUCUUGGCCGUGCGCUCGCUGGUCGUGUCCAUUAGUCAACGCUCGUCCUCGCGCCCGUCGCGCUCUGUCAAGCGUGCUUAUUCAUCCUUGACUGACGGAACAAAGAUCGCCAAUAUGUUCAGCUGGCUAAAUCGAGAAGAAAACAGCAAGCAGGAUCUUUUUGAAAAUGUCACCGAAGGCCUCAAGAGAAUAUAUAAAUCCAAACUGCUACCACUGGAACAGUAUUAUCAGUUCCAUGACUUUCAUUCGCCACAGCUCGAUGAUCCAGAUUUUGAUGCGAAACCCAUGAUUCUUUUGGUUGGACAAUACUCUACCGGCAAAACCACAUUCAUUAAAUAUCUAUUGGAGAGAGACUUCCCUGGGAUUAGGAUUGGACCAGAACCUACCACUGAUCGUUUUAUAGCAGUCAUGUAUGAUGAGAAAGAAGGAGUCAUUCCUGGAAAUGCCUUGGUCGUAGAUCCAAAUAAACAAUUUAGGCCACUUUCGAAAUUUGGCAAUGCAUUCUUGAAUAGAUUCCAGUGCUCAACUGUAGCCUCACCUGUUUUAAAAGGUAUAUCCAUAGUAGAUACACCUGGUAUAUUGUCUGGUGAGAAACAACGAGUUGACAGAGGCUAUGAUUUCACUGGUGUCUUAGAAUGGUUUGCUGAACGUGUAGAUAGGAUUAUCUUGCUAUUUGAUGCUCAUAAGCUUGAUAUAUCAGAUGAAUUCCGUAGAUCUAUUGAAGCCUUACGUGGGCAUGAUGAUAAAAUUAGAAUUGUUCUUAACAAAGCUGAUAUGAUAGAUCAUCAACAACUUAUGAGAGUAUAUGGUGCUUUAAUGUGGUCAUUAGGAAAGGUAUUACAAACUCCAGAGGUAGCUAGAGUUUAUAUUGGCUCAUUCUGGGAUCAACCAUUACGAUAUGAUGUUAAUAGAAGAUUAUUUGAAGAUGAGGAGCAAGAUUUAUUCAAAGAUAUGCAAUCACUUCCAAGAAACGCUGCAUUAAGAAAACUUAACGACUUAAUCAAACGAGCACGUCUAGCAAAGGUUCACGCAUAUAUAAUAAGCGCUUUACGAAAAGAUAUGCCGAGCAUGUUUGGCAAGGAUACCAAGAAAAAAGAACUGAUCAAAAAUUUGGGCCAGACUUAUGAUCAAAUUCAAAGAGAACAACAGAUUUCACCUGGUGAUUUCCCAGAUCUAAAAAAGAUGCAAGAGAGCUUAGCACAUCAUGAUUUUAGUAAAUUCAAUCCUCUGAAGCCGAAAUUAUUAGAAGUGGUAGAUAAAAUGCUUGCUGAAGAUAUCGCGAAGCUUAUGGCUAUGAUACCACAUGAAGAAAUCACUACAGUAUCUGAACCACUAAUUAAAGGAGGUGCAUUUGAGGGUGUAGAAGAUCAAGUUAGUCCAUUUGGAUACAAAAGAGGAGAAGGAAUCGAUGCUGGUGCAGGUGAACCAGAAUGGAUCGUAAAUAAAGAAAGAUAUAAAUAUGAUAGUAUCUUUGAAUCACUUGGACCACAAGACGGAAAAAUUACGGGAGCAGCGGCCAAGUCAGAAAUGGUUAAAUCCAAAUUGCCGAACAGCGUGCUUGGGAAGAUCUGGAAACUUUCAGAUGUUAAUAAAGAUGGAUUCUUAGAUUCUGACGAAUUUGCCUUAGCCAUGCAUCUGAUUAAUGUAAAGCUCGAAGGAUACGAUCUACCGGCUGAGCUGCCAGAACAUUUAAUACCGCCAUCGAAACGCGACACAUAAUAUACAAUUUUUGUAUCAUAAUUUAUUACGUUUUACAAACAAUUAAUGUUUAGAGUCGUAAGACGAUGGAUAUUAGCACGAUUUAUUAAUCGUGCGUGUCAGUGAUUCACAGGUUCGAAAAUGAUAAAAUUAUACUUUUACAACCAGCUGUAUCAUAUUAUGUGUAUACUAUCUUACUUUGAUAAUAAUUAUCAAGGCCAGGGGACAUAUAUAUUUGCAAUAAUUUUAUUCUUUAAAUAGUUAAUGCAUAAUAAUCGAGACCAGCAAAAGAUACGAUACAAUGAUAUCUUUAAAAUAAUAUUUUUCUGAAAUAUAUGGAGAUUAUAUAUACGUAUAUACAUAUACGUAAAAUUAUACACAUAGUAUGCGAUGCUUUAAUGACAUAUUAGUAUAAAAACAAUUUAGAAUAUUGAUUUUUUCAUAAAAUAUAUUAAGUUGUUAUAUUAAUACAA